AAUACAAGACGAAAGGCAAAAAGACAAGAAAAACAACAGCGUUAAAAGCUCGCACAGUCGGGAAAAAGCGUGAAAAAGUGCGCAAAGUAAAAAGGAGGGACGACAGUUUGGACGGCCAAGAAAAUAAAUAAAGAUGCAGCGCGGCAAAUAGAGGGGAUUCCCACCAGCAACAAUACCAGCCGCCUGCCAGUGUUGUCGUGUCCAGGGUUGUCGCCGUACCGUUAACGACACCGUUACCUUAGCGUUGGCCAAACACCGUUAGUCAUGCCGUCGCCAUUUUGUCGCACUCGCUUCGCAUUUGCCGUCGUCGUUUUCGCUGCCGAAUCGGUUACCGUUACCGUUAAAGUUGCCGUCGCCAAAAUGGCGUUCGCAUAAAAUCGCGUUCGAGUGCCGCAGAAAAUUCAAACGAAAUAAUUCGAAAUGUCGAAAUGAGAAAAUUAAAAACCAGCAAAUAUUAAACAAAGUUAACAAAUACUGGAGUUGAGUGUUGAAGUGACGCAAAAAAUUAAAAUAGGGGCUAAAGAUACAAACGUGUGCCAAUUGGAAUAAGCUAACUGAAAUAUACAUAUAACUCAUACGACGCGUGUUCAAAUCGCCGGCCCCUCAGCAAUGAUGCAAACCCUGAAACCACCGCCACCGCUACAUCAUCACCACCAGCAUCAGCAUCAGCACCAGCUCCAGCAUCCGCCUCAGCAGCAGCCACAUCCGCAUCAGCAGCUGCAACAUCCGUUGCAGCAGCAGCAGCAACAGCACCUGUCAGCCAUGGAUAAUCACCAGCAACAUCAGCCGCAUAUCCAUCAGCAGCAGCAGCAGCAACAAUUGCCACCCACGCCGCAGGCAUCUCACCUGGUCGGUGGGCAGCAACAGCAACAGCAACAGCAGCAGCAACAUCCGCACCACAAUCACCUGGCUGUCGACCAGGAUGACCCAAAUCCCGAACUGGUGCUCGCCUUAAUAUCCAGGAACCGGACGCUCGAGGCCACAAUCCCGAAAUGCGGUGGCUGCCACGAGCUGAUCCUGGACCGCUUCAUCCUCAAAGUGCUGGAGAGGACGUGGCACGCCAAGUGCCUGCAGUGCAGCGAGUGCCAUGGCCAGCUGAACGACAAGUGCUUCGCGCGGAAUGGCCAGCUCUUCUGCAAGGAGGACUUCUUCAAGUCGAACAGACGUUACGGUACAAAGUGUUCCGCUUGUGAUAUGGGCAUUCCGCCCACGCAGGUGGUGCGUCGGGCGCAGGACAACGUCUACCAUCUGCAGUGCUUCCUGUGCGCCAUGUGCUCCCGCACCCUGAACACGGGCGACGAGUUCUACCUGAUGGAGGAUCGCAAGCUGAUCUGCAAGCGGGACUACGAGGAGGCCAAGGCCAAGGGACUCUAUCUGGAUGGCUCCUUGGACGGCGAUCAGCCGAAUAAGCGACCGCGCACCACCAUCACCGCCAAGCAGCUGGAGACCCUGAAAACGGCCUACAAUAACAGCCCCAAACCCGCCCGCCAUGUACGUGAGCAGCUUUCGCAGGACACGGGCCUGGACAUGCGGGUGGUGCAGGUCUGGUUCCAGAACAGGCGGGCCAAGGAGAAGCGACUGAAAAAGGACGCGGGCCGCACGCGCUGGAGCCAGUACUUCCGCUCGAUGAAGGGCAACUGCUCGCCGCGCACCGACAAAUUCCUCGACAAGGAUGAGCUGAAGGUUGACUACGACAGCUUCAGUCACCACGAUCUGAGCAACGACAGCUAUAGCACCGUCAAUUUGGGCCUGGACGAGGGCGCCUCGCCGCACAGCAUCCGUGGAUCCUACAUGCACGGCAGUUCGAGUCCGUCGCAGUAUCCGCCGAGCAGUCGCUCGCCGCCGCCAGUUGGCCAGGGCCACACGUUCGGCUCCUAUCCGGACAACAUUGUGUACACCAACAUAGAUCAAGCGGUCGGGUCUAGUUUGCAUGCCAGCAAGGCGCACCACCGCCUCCACAGUAGCAACAACGUCUCCGAUCUGAGCAACGAUUCCAGUCCCGAUCAGGGAUACCCCGACUUUCCGCCCAGCCCCGACUCCUGGCUGGGCGAUUCGGGCAGCACCAACACGACCAGCGCCAACAACAAUGCGAACAACAACAGCAGCCACAACAACAACAACAGCAGUGGCGGCGGGAGCGGCGGGGUGAGCGUCAGUACCGCCCCCAAUCCGUCGGCGCCCGGCGUACAUUACUGAUACUCGAAUCUGCUCUUGCGCUACUUUGAGAUGCAGUCGCGCAGUCUGCUGCUGGCCGCUGCCCAGCAGCAGCAGCAGCAUCAGCCACAUUCGUCGCAGCUAUAGCAGCGGCAUCACACAGAACGCUCGCAACAGCAGCAGCAGCAGCAGCAGCAACAGAAAAAACAACAGAAAAAGAAACAGGAAAAGCAGCAGCAACAACAUUAGAUGCAGCAACAUGUGACUUGGCGUGCUGCAACAUCGACUUCAGCAACAUGAGCGGAAAUGCUUGGCGCCUGAGAAAGGUGGCAACGCUUCGCGUGGCUUUACCACACACACACACCUCCACACCACCACACAUCCACACCCUAUUGUUUAUGCCCUAAGCCUUCUUAAUUCUUGGGAAGCCUACACCGAAAACAAAAAUCCAAAACACAAUUUGCUCAAAAUCCUUGAUUUCACUUCGGUUUGCCAAAAGGUGGGCUUAGCUUGAAGAUACACCUGACACGGCUUGAAUGUUACUAGGCGUUAUGAUUAUCUGUUUCGAACGAUUACUUCGCUCUAUCAUUUAGAUUCGUAGCCCUGAUAUUUUAUUGUAAAUAUUGUAUAUUUGUGUAUAGUGAAUGGAAACUAAAACUGAAUUUUAAAUUAAUUAAGUCUGUAUAGCGUCAAACAAAUGCGGGGCAUGGCGAGCACAACAUUGGUUAGGCCCUGCCCGGAAAACCAAAACCAACAAAAACAUCAACAAGUUAUUUAUUGCUUUAUAUAGGAAUACAAGAAAAUUGCAUAGGAGAAAUAUCAAUUACGAAAACGUGAUGUCGUAUUUAUAUCUAACGAAUAAAAGAAUUACAAAAACCAAAAAUAUUUCAACCAAAUAGAAAUGUCAGUAAAAAAAAGCAGCAACUACGUAAAUGAUAAAACGAAUGCGAUGAAAUAAAUUACUAUUUGACACAUAAGAAUAAAAGACAACAAAAAUUGUUAA